CACCCGGACUGGACCCUGCACCCAAGACUCUCUGCCCCGGAGCCUCUGCAGACACCGUGAUGCCUGGCCCUUGGUGUCUCCUCACCCUGGCCCUGAUCCUGAUCGGUGUCCCAGGGGGCCGUACCCAGCAGGAAGCAGCAGUGAUGGCUGAGGGUCCUGGCCUGGAUGACCUCCUACAGCAGGCAGAGCGCCUGCUCCUCCUCCAGGAAGACCUCCAGGGGCUGCCAGGGGUGCCUGUUGUCCAGCAUGAGUCCCAGGUCCCGCAGCCAGACUGGCUCUUCAAGCGUCAGCACCCAGGUAAAAGGGAGGAGGACACUGAGGAAGGAACUCAAGAGGAGAGCGAGGAAGGGGGCGCUCUAGGUCUCCACAAGCGGCAGCACCCUGGCCGGCGCUCACCUUGGCUGGAGUACCCGGUCACCAAGAGGCAGCACCCAGGCCGAAGGCUGGUGGAUCCCCUCAGUCAGAGGAGCUGGGAAGAGGAGGAUGUGGAAGAGGACACAGAGAGGGCACUGACGCCCGAGAAGCGCCAACACCCUGGCAAGAGGGCCCCAGGAGGGCCCUGUGGGUCCUGGAGUACCUGUGGCCAAGCCAGCCUACUGUUGGGCCUCCUGGAUGAGCUAAGCCAAGGCCAGGGGACCCAGGAGAAGAGGCAGCAUCCAGGGCGGAGAGCAUCGUGGGCUAGGGAGCCCCUGGAAGCAUGAGUCUUGCUUCCUGGGUAUGGAGUUGGGGUGCAAGCACAUCUGAGCCCUGUGUGCCCCAGCUCUUCCUAGCCUCCCAGCCCCUCCUUAGAUCCCUCUGCACACCUGAGCCCUUCCUUCAGGGUUGCAACAGCCAGCCCUUGUGAGGAGGGAAAACUCAUGUUGCACACACCUAAGCCCCUUUCUUCCAUAUUGUCUAAGGAAUCCCCACAGAGAGCAGGUGCCAGGAUGUCCAUGCCCAGUUCCUGUCCCCUGCUGCAU